AUGACAUCGUCGUCAGGAAGACGAGUUUCGGUCGCUAGCGCCGCUGCUUCCGCCGCUGCAUCAUCGCUGCCGUCAUCGGUGCCAUCAUCAUCGCCGAAAUGCUUCCACUGGAAUGGAAAGCAUCAGUUGUUCAUCCUCGAAAUGCGCAACAGGCUUCUCGUCAUCGACGCUUUUAUAUGUUUCGCCGUUGGGGCGCUGCUGUUUUUCGCGCCCACUUUCGUUGCUACGCUCAUUUUCAUUCAACGAACAGACGGCGUGCAUUGGCAUUUAUUAAGAUGUAUCGGUGGCCAAAAGAUCGCUGCCGGAUUUGUAAUGUAUCGAAUGAGGAAUUCAACAGCCGAAGCACUCACCGCUUGCUAUUUGAUUCGAGUCCUGGUCUCAUUUUUGCCUCUUUCAUAA